AUGAACUGGUAAUAUAAACAACCUUAAAUUUUAAUAUCUGUUAUAGAUUAACUGUUUACAAAUAAUUUGUAUUCCUAAAACUUCGCUGGAAAGGUCAAAUUAAAAAUAUCUCUCAUCUAUAGACUCAUUUAUUCUCAUGAUAAUUUAAUUAUAAAUUGUUUAAUAAUUUCUUUUCUGAAAUUUAGUCUAGAGAUAUUUGAUUAAAUUUUAAAUGGAAAAAAUUUGGAUUAUUGUUUAGAGCAAAGAUUGAUAUCAGGGCUUUAUAUAAACAUAUAAGAAAUCCACUACUCAAUGAAGUAAUGUUAUUUAAAAAAACGAGUAGAGAUAAUCGGGCAUACUCAAUUUACAAUUUUUUUGAACAAAUUUUUAAAAGUGUUGAAGAAGUCGCUCAUACAAUAAGAACUAAUGAAUACUCAAAUAAAAUAGAAUCAUAUUAAUGGGUAUUAAAAAGGCAUGAGAGUUAAAACGAGAAAAAAUUUAUGAAUUUAAAGAUUGAAAUUUAUAUAAUACUUGUUUAAUCAAGAAAAAACUUUAGGAAUUUGUAAAUUAUAAUAUUGUAAGAGAAUGUAAAGAUCCUACUUAAAAUUGUUAUAACAAAAUACAAUUCAAACCUUACAUGA